AUGCCCGAUCACGGCCCCUCCAAGUUCAAGGGCGCGGAUCCCAAUGACCGCGAUACCCCAUCGCCAUCCUCGACGGUCAUGUCGUGGAUCGAUCAGGAGGAAGAGAGGCUGAAGGAGGCAGCUGAAAAGUAUCCUCCUGACCCGUUCGCUAUGUCUGCGUACAGUCGCUUCCUCAAGAACAAGCGAGGAGACCUUGAGAGGGCUAAGAUGUGGCACGACCUCGCACACGCUACCGUCACCUCCCGCCUCAGCCCCAACGUCACCGAUAUGAUUCGCUACCACUCCAAGUAG